AUGACAGUCGAUUCGCGCCAACAGCAACCUCAGUUCAACAGCAUGGGUUACGACGCCAUGAGGUACCCGGCAGGACCUCACUUCACCAACCCCUGGGCGUCGGCCGCGCCAAACCCCAACCAGGUGUACGCGACCUCAAUGCCGCCGAGCAACGAGCAUCGCUAUGCGCAGGCAUCGCACGUCUCCGCGCCGUACACCGCGGGCUCAAUCGCGGCGCCCGCUCUGCCAACAGGUAUUAUUCCUAUGGACUCCGAGUUCUUCGAACAGUCUGGCUUACUUUUUGCGCAAGACGGAAUGUCUGCUUCCGCCGCCGCUGCCCCCGUGAGGGCGUUCCCUCCUUACUCGUCUCAACCGCCGGUCAGUGGCUUCGCGCCCACGUCGGCACCGGCCUACACAGCGCCAUACAACUCAUAUCACGGAGACCGCCGACCGUCGCACCCGUCAGUAGCCAGCCUCCCGUUCCUCGACGAUGCCUCGAUCGAUCAAAGGAUCCGACAGGACUCAUUUGUUGACAUGUGUGAUGAUAGAUUCCACAACACAUCAGACGCAGAGCGACAGAACUUCAACGACGCCCUCGACGCGUCUCGCGGCAUGUUGGCCAUGAGCCAGUCGGACAUCACACCUCGAAACAUCUACGGCAAUGCGGCGUCUGUCGGUGACUACAGCUCCGCCAGCGAAUCCGUCGACAUGCCCACGUCGAGGAGGCUUCCCAAGCCCAUCGGCCUGGUCAGCGGCAGCCUUCCGCCCGCGCCGCAAUCGAUGAUGGGCCAGUUCAGUUCGAAGGUGUCGUCCAGCUCGCAGAAGAAACACAAGUGCAAGAUCUGCGACAAGCGAUUCACGCGACCCAGUUCGCUGCAAACGCACAUGUACAGCCACACCGGCGAGAAGCCGUUCGCCUGUGACGUCGAAGGCUGUGGGCGCCAUUUCUCCGUCGUCUCCAACCUGAGGAGGCACCGCAAAGUCCACAAAGGCGAAGGUCAAGAGAAUGACUCCGGCGACGAAGACGACUGA